CCCGGCAGCGGCUGCGGAGGUCCGCGCCCCCGACCCGUCCGCAUGGAGUCGGGGGUGCGCCGCGGCCUGGCUACCGCGGGGGGACUGGCCUCGGCGACCCCGAUGCCAAGGCACGAAUUGGGGGCCGGGGCUGAGGCGCGGGCUCGCGGCCCCGGUGCCGUCGGAGCCCGCCGCUUCCUGCUCUGUCUUUACCUGGUGGGCUUCUUGGAUUUGUUUGGUGUCAGCAUGGUCGUCCCUUUACUGAGCCUUCAUGUCAAGUCUCUUGGAGCAAGUCCAACAGUUGCUGGAAUAGUAGGCUCCUCCUAUGGCAUUCUGCAGCUCUUUUCCAGCACACUGGUGGGCUGCUGGAGUGAUGUGGUUGGAAGAUGGUCUUCCUUGCUGGUGUGCAUUCUGUUCAGCGCCCUGGGUUAUCUGAUUCUUGGAGCAUCCACCAAUGUGUUCCUGUUUGCCCUGGCUAGAGUCCCUGUGGGUAUUUUUAAACAUACCCUCUCCAUUUCAAGGGCUCUGCUUUCUGAUCUGGUUGCAGAGAAAGAACGGCCAUUAGUAAUUGGACAAUUCAAUGCGGCAUCUAGUGUGGGCUUCAUCUUGGGCCCCAUGGUUGGUGGAUAUCUUACGGAGCUAGAAGGUGGAUUUUAUCUGACAGCCUUCAUCUGUUUCUCUGUCUUCAUCCUCAAUGCUGGUCUGGUUUGGCUGUUUCCCUGGUGUGAAGCGAAGCUCUCCAGUGCAGAGAAAGGCCAGCCAGCGAGGAGGAACUCUGCACCCUGGGGGAGGAGAGAUGGUCACGGGCAGGAAACCGCCACCCCUCCCCGGAGCACAGUCCGCAGCAGACCUGCCAGGCCGCCCUGGCUGGAGUUCGCAUCCACACUGCGCGACAUGAAGAGCCUGAUAUUUUCCGAGAUGUGGGACAUCUUCGCCGUGCGCUUGCUGAUGGCAGUGGCGGUCAUGCUCUACUACAGUAACUUCGUGCUGGCGCUGGAGGAGCGCUUCGGGGUGCGGCCGCGGGUGGCCGGCUACCUCAUCAGCUAUGGCAGCGCUCUGGGCGCCCUGGCCGGCCUGGCGCUGGGGCCCCUGCUGCGGCUGUACCGGCACGAUGGCCACGCCCUCCUGCUGCACUCGAGCGCGCUCACCUGCCUGCUGCUGCUGCUGCACGCCUCCGCCCGCUCCGUGCCCGUGGCGGUGCUCUGCUCCUCGCUGCUGGCCGUGUCCACCGCGGUGGGCAGGACCUGCAUCACCGACCUGCAGCUGGCCGCGGGCGGGGCGCAGGCCAGCGGCACGGUCAUCGGCGUGGGGCAGUCCGUGACGGCCGUGGGCCGGAUCAUCGCCCCACUCCUCUCCGGGCUGGCGCAGGAGGUGAGUCCGUGCGGGCCCCCCAGCCUGGGGGCUGUCCUGGCCCUUGUGGCGAUUUUCCUAAUGUCACUCAACAGAGCUCGCUAUGGUGGUGCCGGUGGUGGGAAUGACAAAUUAAAACGUGAGUAGAGUAGAACUGGAUAGAAGAAACCAACUCUGAGGCCAUGAGGAAGGGACAGCGGCCAGGAAGGGCGGUUUCCCAGCAGGUGUGCUUCUUUGGGAGACUCCCAGGUCCAGCCUGUGGGGUGAUCAGAAGUCAGAGCCUUGUCAAAUGGGAAAGUAUUAAACCUUUUGUAGAAGUCUCCUCUUCAAACCCUGCCGGUGGGGUUCAGAUUUUUCCAGGGGGAAACACUACCAGCUUCAGGACGGGAAGGUGGUGGUGAGAUAACAGAAGGUGAUAGGCCCCCCGCUAAGUAAAAACAGGGUAACCCAUUAAUAAAGUGACCUGCUGGGACACAGGCUUCAUGUCACACUGCAUAAACCAAGGGUUUUUUGUGCUAUCAGAAGCCUAGAGAUUGAAUAAGCCACUUGAUUGAAAUUAGCUUGUACCUUUCUCAAGUCCUAACAAGGUUCUACCUGGGAAGCUGGGGAAAGAUCACACGGCUGCCUCAGCCCCCAGACACUGGUUCUGGGGGCCCAGGGGACGCCCAGAAACCUAUAUUUAAUAAGCAACACUUGCACUUCCUCAUGGAGAUAGAAAAAGGAUCAUUCAGAGACAUACAGGUUUGGAUUCAAGUCAAAGCCAGAGACUUGAUUGUGUUUAUUGAUAGCUAACUCAGUUUGAAGUAUUAAGAUUAUGUGAUCCCGAAAUGUUACCUUCUCCCCAGUUCUUGGCAGUCACGCUCCAUAAUAGGAGAAGCAGGUUCAUGGAGCCUGUCCCCUGUGUCUAUUGCUUCAGAGGCCCUGUGCUCUGCAGAGAGCUGAGGUUGUCAGUGUGGCUAGUUUUCCCUAGAUAUCAGGCAUGAACUGCUCCCAGAAGCCAGGGCUUCAUUGGGCUGCAUGGGUUGGAUGAUGGUAGAGGACAGUGGAGAAGACAAAGUACAGGAAUGCCUUUAAGAGGAACAUCUCGUGCAGGUAAGAGAGUCAGUUGCCAUGCCUCAUGAGACAGACUUAACUACAGUGUCUUAUGGUGAAAGUCAUUUCUUUUCUCUCACUUUAAUAUCAUACCUGAGAACAAAAGAGCUACACACUGAUCUACAGGGAAAUGCCUUUUCCUAGGCCUAGGCUUAAUGGUCAUUCCAAAAGUAGCGUGCCAGGGUCCAACUGGGAGGCUCAGAGUGAGAGUUAGCACAAAAACACAGGGACACAUUUGUGUGAUUCUUGCUACUUGGAUGAUGUCACCAAUUAAUAGUAAUUAUAUUGGAGCCCCCUCUCUUUUCCUCAUGCAAACUACCGAAGUUCACAUUCCUCUCAUUCUUUUUCAUUGGUCCACUGGGAAAUUACUCCUGUUUUCAACCAACACACGUAUAAUUGUAAAUGUAUUGUACGUAAAGCAGGAAAAAAAAAAAGUUUCUCUAGUUUUAGAAGUUGUGUAUGGGUUAAACCCAAAUGUUUAAUAUAAUUGGAUGUUUGAAGAUUGUCCUUUCUCCUUUCUAGCUACAAGGAAAAUACUAACUUUUUAUGAAGUGUUGUGAUUGUGUUAAGAAGUGUUGUGAUUGUGAAGCGCUAAGUGCUUUUGAGGAAAGCAAAAUAUAAUACAAAAUGAUGUGGCCCUUAAGGAGCACACCAAAUCCACAUAGAGCUUAGACUCAAAGGACAAGAAGUAAUCAAGUGUUUAUGCAAUGAAGUCGAAUUUCUCUGAAGAUUAUCUUUUCUGUGCACUCAGAAACAGGCAAGUUUCUUAGACAUUCUUUAAUGUAGUCAUUAUUAAAUUUUUGAAAUCCUAGCACUUUAUUUUUGAGGUUAAAUAAUGCCUAUAAAUUUAUUAAGGCUUUACAGUUACCAGAUAAAUGGGAAUGAAAACCAGGGUUGAUCUUCAUAUAGAGAGAGGAGAAACAUUUUUGCUAUUGUCCAUACUCAUCUCGGGUUUUUUUAGAUAAAUAUUAUGCAGGCAUACCUCAUUCCAUUGCAUUUCAUUUUAUUGUGCAUCGCAGAUACUGCAUUAUUAUUAUUUUUUUAACCAGUUGAAGGCUUGUGGCAACCAUGUGUUGAGAAGUUUAUUGGCACCGUUUUUCCACCAGCAUUUGCUCCCUCUGCGUCUGUGUCACAUUUUGGUAAUUCUCACAAUAUUUCAAACUUUUUCAUUAUAUUUGCUAUGGUGAUGUGUGAUCAGUGAUCUUUGAUGUUACUGUUAGAAUUGUUUUGGGGUGCCAUGAACCGCACCCUUAUAAGGGGGUGAAUUUAAUCCAUAAGCGUAUGUGUUCCAAGAGCCCCACCAACUGGCUGGUCACCCACCUCUUGCCCUCACCUUGGCCCUCUCUCUGUUUCUUGAAAUGCAAAAAUAUUGAAGUCAGGCUGGUUAACAACCCUACAGUGGCCUCUUAAGUGUUCAAGUGAAAGGAAAUGUCAGCCGAUGUGGCAAACUUCCUUGUUGUCUUAUUUUUAAAAAUUGCCACAGCCACCCCAGCCUUCACCAACCACCACCCUGCUCAACCCUGAGAAAAGACCCUCCACCAGCAAAAAGAUUGCCAGUUGCUGAAAGCUCAGAUGGUGGUUGGCAUUUUUUAGCAAUAAAGUCUUUUUAAUUAAGGUAUGUACAUUGUUUUUUAGACAUAAUGCUACUAUAAAUUUAAUAGACUAUAGUAUAGUAUAAACAUAAUUUUUAAUGUACACUAGGAAGCCAGAAAAUUCAUUUGACUCACUUCAUUGCAAUAUUUAACUUUAUCGCGGUGGUCGGGAACCUGGCCACAGUAUCUCUGAUGUAUGCCUUAUACCUCUUCUUAAAAUGUCUGAUGUGUGGAUAUUCUGAAGUGUGUUCCAGAACCAGCAGCGUCCACAUUCCCCUGGAGCUUGUUAAACAUGCACUCACACCCCAGCACGGACCUGCUGGGAACCAUUCUCAA